AUGAAUGAGGAAUUAAGUAGUAUUCAUGCUGAAAAUGACUCUACUGAUAAAUUAUAUAGCUCAGUAUAUAGAGGGAGUGAGGAAAUAAGUUUUCAGUCAUUGGAAGCUGGGAAUGAUCCUCUUUCAAUUUAUAAGCAGGUUUCAUCUUUGAAUGAUAGCUUUGAGGAGAGAGAUCAAAGCUUGAAUUUGCAGUAUCCGAACUUUGAUAUGGAUAAAAAGUCAAUUAAUAAGACUUUGGAAGAUCUUUCACUAUUUAAUCCAUUCCCAAACACACAAGAAAAACCAGUUGAGGUUAAAUCUUCAUUGGUUUCUCCAAAAAUAGUCCCAGAAGACCGUAGUAACGACGGAAAUCCCAAUCCAAAUAUGAGUAAACCCAGUUCAAAUCUGAGAACAACCACAAGUGUUUCAGGUUUAUUUUCUUUUGCAAAUACAGUGACCCAAAACAUUAGUUCUCAGAUACAGAACGCACUAAGAGAGACAACCUCAAACAUCAUAGUGAGUAAUGGGACUAGCCAUAAAGUACAAGAUCCCUCUAGAUGGUCAAAGAUUCUUUCCAAGAUUUACCAGAAUAAAGGGCCAGUUUCAAAUUCAAGUCUAGAAAUCUGUGAGGCUGAUGCAGAGAACAUAACUAAAAAUAUGAAUAUUUCACUGUUUCCUGGAGAAAAGCUUGUUUUAUUUAAUAAGGAAUGUGGAAUUUCUGCUCAAGGUUUGGCAGACCCAAUCUUUGGAUCUUUAAUCAUGACUAACUUUAGGAUCAUUCUUGCUCCUCUUUUUCAAAAGAAUGCUAAAAACAGAGCAUUAACAAUAAUUAAAAGAUUUUUAGUAUCUUGGAUGUACAAAUCAGGUUUUCUUCAUAUUCCAAUUAAUUCAAUAAUUCAUGUUGGGGUGAGCUCUGUGGCAGGUAAUAACGAGCAAAAUGGAGCUUGUCAGGAGGGUAAUAUUAGUAAUGUAGCACCAGGACAGUAUAUUGGGAAUAACUUAAAUCUGGUAGGAUCAUUAGGGGCAAUAGGAGGUGGGCCAGGAAUUUGCCAGAACAACCAAAGUAAUGUGAAUUCCAAAAGCUGUACUUACACAUUGGAUAUUUCAACCAAAGAUUUGAGAUCCAUCCAAGUUUUAGUGAUGAGUUCUGAGCAGGAUAAAAAGCUAACUCAAAGUAUUAUUCAAAAUACUUUGAAUGAGACUUUACCAAGAAACUUGUUUUCAUAUAUUUUUAAGGAGAAUUUUGAAAGUUUGCCAUUAUUUCCCUCUCUAAAUGGUAUUUUUGAAUUUGAUAUCUUUAAAGAAUACAGCAGGCAGGGAGUUCCAAUAUCAGGAGAUCUUUCGAAUGGAAAUGUCUCAAGAUUCCCUCUAAGAUUCACAAAUGUGAACCAAAACUUUGAGCUAUGUUCAUCUUACCCAAGGAUAUUGGUGGUACCUGAAAGCAUAUCAGACUCUCAGCUAAUUAAAGUAGCAGCAUUCAGGUCAAAAGGAAGAAUCCCAAUUUUAAGUUGGACAAAUCCAGAUUUAAAGUGUACUCUUUGGAGAUCUAGCCAACCAAAAUCUGCUUUUAAGAGAUGCAUUGAAGAUGAGAUAAUGAUCACAACCCUUUCUAGCUUUUACAAAAAUAAUGGAGACCCCCAAGAAGAAAGACCUUUUUCAAUACUUGAUGCUAGACCAAAACUGAAUGCAUUUGCUAAUAAGGCAACAGGAGCGGGAUUUGAGAAUAUUGAUUACUAUAAACACUGCAAAUUAGAGUUUCUGAAUAUUGAGAAUAUCCACAAAGUUCGCGAUUCUUGGAAUAAGAUGGCUUUGGUAAUUCAAAAAUUCUCCAGCCAGGAUUUACCAGUUGUUAAUCCAAAUUUUGACAAGGCCAUUGAUUUACUUAAUCAAGAAAAUAUUACUUCUGCUCAAGCUCAAUCUGUGCUUUCUUCUCUCAAUAGAAUGAACAACUCAGAGAAUUUGGUAGGUUUAAAGUUGAUCUCAGAAAUAGAUUCGACUGGAUGGUAUGAUCUAAUUAGCAUGAUUCUCGCAUCUUCAAAUAAAAUUGUUGACCAACUAAUUAGGGAAAAGGGAGUUUUAGUACACUGUAGUGAUGGGUGGGAUAGGACUUCACAACUAAUUGCACUUGCAAUGCUUUGUAUAGACCCUUAUUACAGAACAAUUAAAGGAUUCCUUUCACUUAUAGAAAAAGAAUUCAUUCUUUCUGGGCACAAAUUUCAUUCCAGAUCUGGAACUCCUGGCAAGGGAUCUUGUUUAGAUAAAGAAUCCGAGAGAUCUCCAAUAUUCAUCCAAUGGUUAGAUUGUGUUUAUCAAUGUUAUACUCAGUUUCCAACAGAAUUCCAGUUUCAUCCAAACCUAUUGAUUAUUAUUGCUGAUCACUUAAACAAUGGUUUAUUUGGGAAUUUCCAUUGUGACAAUGAAUAUGAGAGAUCCAGUAUUCACUCUAGAGAUCUCACAGUUUCUUUAUGGGAUGCAAUCAUAUACUCAAUUCAAAAUAAAUCCAAAGAAAACUUAGAAAGUGGGCAAAGUGAACCACUUCUGUCUCUGAGUUCCUGUGCUAUUUUCCAUAAGGAGCUUAUAAAUCCUUUCUAUAAUCCCACACAUACAAAAAUCAAGACGCAUGCUGACGUACUUAUUCUGGAUUCUUCUUCCUUUGGAAUUGCUCCUUGGAUGCCUUUUUGGUUUAGAUUCACUCCUAUUAAUUCAAAGACGGUAUCUAAUCCACUUUUAUAUAGUAAUUGUUAA